UGUGCCGUUGGACCCGGUCUGGACACACCAUCUCUCUCUUUCUCUGUCUGUCAAUGCAUCUCUCUAUCUCUCUAGCGGUGGAUUUAUACCGGAAGCGGCUCGGUGCCGGAGGAGGUUUUUUACGGCCGUUUGGUACCAUGUUUCUGGAUAUAACCGGAGCUGUUAUGGAUUAAUGUGACUGUGCGUUCGGGCUGCUCUGAGUCUCUUCUGUUCCCUGGGAGCUGUGGGCGCAGAAAGAUUUCUAAACAGAGAAGUUACUCAGGACUGCAGUGUGGACUUCUUCUUCUUCUCUUCCUGGAUUGGUCACAUCUUCCUCACUGAUCUGCUCUUGUGAUUGGACAGUCCUGGAUUCAAGGACGUCUGGGGGGUCCACCCCUGCUUCCUGUCUUCCUGUUUCCUUCCUCAACACAGUGAGCACUUCUUGUCCCUUCACGACCGUCACCUGACUGGCUGGAGGCUUCACCUAUCCGUCACUGAAGAUUCAUAGACUUUGAAGUCAAGACAGACGGAUGUUGUGUUACGUGUAGAGGUGCAACACUACGCAGAACUCAAGGUCCAUUCUGGCUUCUUCUGGAACUGUCGACGCCCACCAUGACCUGCUGACAUCAUUACCCCCUCCCCUCUCCCGCUCCUACAAAAUGGCUCCGACCAACUGGCUGGCACCAUGGCGGAGGCAGCCGCUGAUGCUGCUGCCCCUGCUGCUCAUCCUCACUUCCUGUUUCCUGUCCGAGUCAGCCUCGACCACGCCCUUCCCCAAAGACCUGGAGCCAAUCAACACUGUCAACUCGGAACAGUCGUAUCAGUUUCCUGGUUUUCAAGGUUUGCUUCAGGACAAUGACACGCUGCGUCUGGGUCUGGACUUUCAGAGGCUGUUACGCAUCAACCACAUGUUGUACAUCGCUGCCAGGGAUCAUGUGUUUGCAGUGAACCUGACAACAGCUUCAGAGGAGUUCGUCCCUCAACUGAAGCUGACAUGGCGAUCCAAAGACGUCAGCAAGUGUACGGUCAGAGGGAAGAAUAGCGACGAGUGCUACAACUACGUCAAAGUGCUGGUGCCGCGAAACGAUGAGACGCUGUUUGCCUGCGGCACCAACGCCUUCAACCCCACCUGCCGAAACUACAAGAUGACGUCCUUGGAGCAGGUCGGGGAGGAGGUGGUCGGUCAGGCUCGUUGUCCCUUUGAGUCCGGGCAAUCCAAUGUUGGACUGUUUGCUGGGGGAGAUUUCUACUCUGCCACCAUGACGGACUUCCUGGCCAGCGACGCCGUCAUCUACAGAAGCCUGGGAGAUGGCCGCCCCGUUCUCAGGACCGUCAAGUACGACUCCAAGUGGCUCAGAGAGCCUCACUUUCUGCACGCCAUUGACUACGGUAACUACGUCUACUUCUUCCUCAGUGAGAUCGCAGUGGAGUACACCGCCCUGGGCAAGGUGGUGUUUUCUCGAGUCGCCCGGGUUUGUAAGAACGAUAACGGAGGCUCUCCUAGAGUUCUGGAAAGAUACUGGACUUCCUUCCUCAAGGCUCGUCUGAACUGUUCGGUUCCCGGAGAUUCGUUCUUUUACUUUGACGUUCUUCAGUCUCUCACCAACGUGCUGCAGAUCAACCAGAGACCUACUGUGGUCGGAGUCUUCACCACUCAGGACAACAGUAUCCCCGGCUCAGCAGUCUGUGCUUUCUACAUGGACGACAUAGAAAAAGUCUUCAACGGGAAGUUCAAGGAGCAGCGGACCAGCGACUCAUCCUGGACUCCAGUACCUGACGAGCAAGUUCCCAGACCAAGGCCUGGUACAUGUGCAGGUGACAGUCCGGCUGCAGACUACAAAUCAUCGGUCCAGUUCCCCGACGACACGCUAACGUUUAUCAAGUCGUAUCCUCUGAUGGACGAAGCUGUUCCCUCCGUCAACGACCGGCCCUGCUUCACCAGGACCUCCAGCAGGUCCAAGCUGACCCAGAUUGUGGUGGAUGUGUCUGCCGGCCCCUACAAGGACCGCACAGUGAUGUUCCUUGGCUCAGACGAUGGUCGAGUCCUGAAGGUUUUGGCCAGCACGCAUCCGAAUAACAGCUUUGGCUCCAAACUGCUGGAGGACAUCGAUGUCUACAAUCCAUCCAAGUGUAAUGUUCAGGGUCAGGAGGACAGGAGGGUUCUGGGACUGGAGCUGGAUAAAGACCGUCAUGCCUUGUUCGUAGCCUUCACCAGCUGUGUAAUCAGAGUGCUGCUCAGCCGCUGCACACAACACGGAGCCUGUCAAAGAGCCUGCCUGGCCUCUCGUGACCCAUACUGCAUCUGGCUGCGGACAGGGAGUUGUGCCAACAUGGCGCCAGGUUUCAAGGCCGGGUUUGAACAGGAUAUCGAGGGUGACCGCUUGUUUCACAAAGACAGCUGCCAUGCUGAUGUGUUGGCGACCACACGGAACCAGGAUUCUGCAGCCGACUCCGCCUAUGGUGUUCGUCGUCUUCCAGAGAUGGACCAGCAUGCUGGUGCCAACGUCCACUACACCCUGCUGAUUGCCUGCGUGCUGGUGGCCUUCUUCCUAGGCGCCAUCUUGUCAGGUUUCCUGGUGUCGCUUUACUGCAGCCGCAGCGCCGCUCAGCGGGCGAGGAGGCUGGGAAAAGACCCAGAGGCGUCGCUGCCACACGCCUUAUCUCUGCGAUCACUUGCCAAGCUCAACAGACUGCUGGACGGACAGCCGAAGCAGGAGGACAAGCUGGACAUGUCCACCCCGAAGAUGUACAGCUCCUUUAUCCCCAAUGGCCUUGCAGAGCCUCAGCUCCACACCCCUGGACACCAGGGCCUGCUGCUGGGAGAUCCCGACCUCAGCCUCUCCCAGUCUCUUUCUCAGGGGGAUGGAGAGCUGUCCGGCCUGCCCACGCCUGACUCCACCCCGGAGCUUCCCAUCAAGAACAUGAAGGCCCUCCAGCAACAUCAGUACGAGAGAAACCAGAACUGCAACAACACCAAGGACAGCAACCCCAAAUCUGGGCCCUGCUGCUCUGGAUCCAGUCUGGGUUUCAUGGCCGUCAUUGGGAACUCUGUGACCCAGCAGGUGUUUCCCUUCUCUCAUCACCAUGGCAACAGUUUGAGUAAUGGAGCAGCCAAUGGAGCGGGAACCUCUUCGACUUCACUGCACCUCCCUGAGGAGAGGAAGAUCUUAAAUGAGGAGCGAGCAGCAUCAGGAGGAGGCGGACGAGUACCCCAUCACCACCACUCCCAGCAGUCCCUACCCCAGACGGUGGUAGACGUGUCAGCGCUAGACGAGCUUCUCAAACACAUCCAUGAGGUCAGCGCGUCGGGGACCGGUGGUAUCAAGGUUCUCACCUCCACCUCCUCAUCCUCCCUUUUCCCCGGGCCCUCCUCUGGAGGACACUUUCAUAAUCAUCACCAUCAUUGUAAUAAUAAUAAUCCCCACGGCCAGACUCGCACCCACUACUACAACAACAGCCAUCUCCAUAGUAAUAACAGUAAUAACAUCAGCGGCAGUGGUUACCAUCACCAGCAGCAGAUCCCCGAGAAGGAAUCAGCUCCGUAUUACAGCACCUCCACGCUGCCGAGGGACGGUCUCCCUAAGCGCCUGGACGCUCCAACUCAGAACUCCACCUCAUCCUCCGCUUCUUCUUCCUCCUCAUCCUCUAACAACCCCACCUCCUCCACCUCCAUCCCUUCUUCUUCUUCUUCUUCCUCCUCAACUCCGCUCCAGCAGCAGGUGAUUCCAGAGGGACCCGGGGGAACAAGUGUCUCAGUGACACGGCACCACUCCCAGCGCCACUCGCUGAUCAAGAUGGGCAGUGGGGGCGGCGCUGUGCCGCGCCACCACAGCUUCAACCAACGGGGGUCACAGCAAACACACUUUCUGGCCAGGAUGAACACCAACAGCAGCAGCAACGGCCCCCCAGGUACAGGUGGGGAGGCUAAUGUGAACACAAAUACCCACGGUGAUAGCCAGCGGCCGUCGAUUGCCAGCGCAUGCCUGACACGACAGCACAGUUACAGCGAAGGGCCACAUGUGCAGCGGGCAGCAAUCGUCCGGAGAACAUUGUCGCUUAAACCCGAGGUCCCGCCAAAACCGUUGUUCCUUCCAAACACGGCUACAUCAGCGGUUGCAGAGGCAGGAAAAUACUACUGAGAUUGUAGAAGGAAGUGGCGCCAUUCCAACAUGGCUGCUACAGUCCUCAGCAGGCAAAGCACUCCACAUGUCUGCAGGGCUUGUGAGAAAUGUGAGCAUUGAUGGGACGAAAAGACAUAAAAGAGACAUCAGAGCUUUUUGUCCUCAUUACAACCCUUCAGUUGUGGUUAUUUCCUGCUGAGAGGACGCACCCGUCGCCUCUCUGAAUCAGAACCGCUGCAUUGUAGCUGCAUUGCUCACAGAGCAGAGCCUUGAAAAGAGCCACAGAGACACUCUAAGCAUUGACAAUUAAACAAGAUCUCUGACUCAUUUCUUUGGGCAGGCGGGGACCGCUAGUGGCGACCUUCCCCUCAUGACAGACUGCGGAUCAAAACGGUCUCAGACAAGUCUGAGAAACAUUCCAAAAGCAGGGUCAAAGAUGUUAAUGAUUCAUAAGCGUCCCUAAGGCUCAAGGUGGCCUAAAGAAUUCUUGAUUAAUGCAGUUUUCUUAUGAACGCUUUGAUCUAAGGUUGUUGCACCUGGGCAACAUUUCAUUUGCAAAGAUUAAAAAAGCAGGGAAUCGUACUGCUGCAAACCCGACUGAAUAAACUGAAUCUGGGACCGCUGGGAGUUUUGGACGUUCCUCCAGGAUUUGACAUUUCUUGCCACAGGAGAAAUCAAACAAAAAUUAUGUAAUUUCAAAAACGCUCAGAGGUCAAGAGAAGGAGAUUUUUGAACACAAACACAUCAGCAGGUAAUGUAAGAAGAAAAGGUUCUGCUUCAUGAACUGUAGAUUGAAAUCUAAAUGUAGAGAUCUAUAUCAGAACAGCCGUCACUGACCCAAACCAGAUGAAUGUUCUUUUUGAGACCAAUUUGGUAUCUGAGUACAAAGUAUUAAUGGCACGUUGGAUGUGUUUUGUACAAGUAGGUAUUCGAAGGAGGAUUUCUGAUCAAGUAUUCCCUCCAAUUAUAAAUUCAUGUACUCAAUACACAUUUAAUUCUAUAAUUUGUAUGUUCAAAUUACUUAAAUGAUUUUCUUGAAUUAAUAAUUGCUCUCAAAUGACUUAAUUUGCCCUCUCCCCUCUCUCUUUGAAUAUGUCUUUAUCUAUGAAGAGCUCCAAAGCUCAGAGCUGAAUCUUUAUCACCUGCUGGAUCUAAAAUAUGUUUAAAGAGAUGUUCAAAUGAAAUCAAACUGCAUUCAAUUCAAGAGCCUGAUCUUUUCUGGGUAUGAAUUAACAUCAAAUCUGCACUGAGCUCUGUAGUUUUGACAGGACCUUUUCAUUUGCAGCUGUAGAACAACAGGUGAACCUACCAGAACAGAAGAAGACAGCUCACAGAAUGAAAAGUAUAAUCAAGUUUGGCUUUUGUCUUAAAAUGUCAGUUCACAUUUUCUCACUUACCUCUAAUGCAGUGGUUCCCAAGUGGGUGUCGCGGCCCUUGAAGAUCAUCAAGGGUCGUAUAUUUCCAUUGUUUUCACUAUACAUUUUACUAUAAAAUACAUUUUUGUUUACAAUAGUUUUAUAUUUUCAAACAUGUCAAUACAUUAUAUAAAAAAUAAGCAAUAAACAUUCAAGAUUCCUUAGUAGCAACACUAAAAGUCGACAUCGCCUGACCUGCCUGACAACCUUUUUUAGGCUCAAAUAUAAAGUGGACACACACAUGUAACAUUAGUGUUAUUUGUUGUUAGUUUGUAAAUAAAUUCUAAUAACAGAUAUUCAUAUCGUAGGGUCAAUGAGGACGGGCAGGAAGGGAUGCGCUCUCAUGGUAUCUAGCACUGCAGAGAGUUUUGCUUUGAGACAUGUGCAGAUUCAGUAGAGGUGAAUGGAUUCUGUUUGUUACAGACAAGAAAAUGUCCCAGUUCUCCUGGAUAAUCUGCAGGACACACUGGAAAGUUUAUAGAGGGACUAUU